ACCCCCUUUGACCUGAACUGUCAAAAAUGUCAACAAACAACAAGAUAUCCACAAGGGCAAUUUAUUUUUGAGUUUAUUCAAACUUUUGAAAUCUGAAAUAAAACAACUGUUUUCUUACUAUUAACUUAUUUACAACAACUAGUCCUUGCUUAUAAUUAUUUAGUGCAUAACUCCUAGUUAUAUGUAAUAUUCUUCAGAAUGGCGGGCUCUUUACUAAGUCAGUCAGAGCAAGUUUUUAUCGUACAUGGAGUUGAACAUGAUUUCCGAUCCGAUGGUAGAUCUAGUAUCGACUAUAGACCAAUGGAGUUAGAAACGGAUGUGGUGAGCCAUGCAAGUGGCUCCGCCAGACUGAGGCUUGCAAACACCGACAUCCUUGUUGGAGUUAAAACAGAAAUUGAUGUACCAAAAGCAGAGACACCUGGAUUUGGCAAAAUAGAGUUCUUUGUGGAUUGUUCUGCAAAUGCAACGCCAGAGUUUGAAGGCAGAGGGGGAGAGCAACUAGCAAACACCAUAUCAAGCACAAUGCAGCGCGCAUACUACAGUCCGCAAGCUUUCAAUUUAAAACAACUCUGUAUAUUUGAAGGGAAACAGUGUUGGAAAUUGUAUGUUGAUAUUUUAAUACUUGAAUGUGGAGGCAAUCUAUGUGAUGCAGUCUCACUAGCGGUCAAAGCUGCAUUGUUUAACACCAGGUUGCCAUGUGUGAAAGCAGCAUUAAUGGAUGGUGGCAACAUUGAUUUACAAUUGUCAGAUGAUCCGUAUGAUACCAAACAUUUAGAUAUUGGAACAGCACCACUUUUGGUUACAUUAUGUAAAAUAGGAUCUAAAUGUGUUGUUGAUCCGUCCGCGGAAGAGGAACGAUGCAGUUUUAUAUCUCUGGUGGUUGGUGUUACAGGAAAUCCUAUCUUUUAUGAUAAAGAAGAUAAUGAUAUGACUAUUAUUGACUGCAAAUGUAGCACUAUAUCAAUGAAUGGCCCUGGAAGCCUCUCACCGACAACACUUAAAAGUGCUAUUAAUCAAGGAAUGAUUGCUGCAUACUGUUUGGAUGAAGCUCUUGGUCGUGCCCUUCUACGUGAGAAAAAAGAAACAUCUGAUUGUAAGAAACACUCAUAUGGUUUUUUGAAAUAAAACAACAUUUGAUCUUUAA